UUUCUCUCUGAGCCCGGGAUACGUCGGCUGUCAACAUGAGCGUCUCGGGGAUCCACCAUGGCGUGCUAAGGAUGUAUGGUGGAUUUAUUUUCAAACAGUGGAAGAAGAGAUUUCUGCUCCUGACAGCUGAGGGCAGUCUCCUUGUGUGCCACGAUGCCUCAUCUCCCCCCGACCAGCUGGUGCUGUUGCAGAGCAGCUGUGAGGCAAUCGUGGAAGGCAAAGAGAUCCUAGACCUGCCUAAGUUGCCCUCCGGUGGAAGUAGGGAUUGCUGCUUUGCCCUGAUCCUCCCCCAGAGCAAGUACCUGCUGCUGAUGACUGAGACCCCUGCAGACUGCAGUCAAUGGCUGAAUGUGCUGAAAAAAGUUAAACAGAGUCUCUCAUCACCUCUCAGUCCUUGUAAGCGACACCAGGUGCCACCACCACGAAUUACUCUCCGAGAUCUGGUGCCUGAGCAAAUCCUCGACAAAGAUCCACCAACUCCACCUGUCAGCGACACAGAGGCACCUUCCCCGGGGCCUAUGACUUGUGCUUCCCCGCGGGAGAAAGGCAGGAGUUCUCCUCGCACAAAGUAUUACAAAGGAGGCGUACAUUCACCAGGGUGUCUGCGCCACGGCACUAUCAGUAAUGCCCAAGCAGUGAGGGCGGUUUAUCUGCUGAUGGGAGGGGCUGCUGCUUCCUCUGCCAUGGGUUACCUAGGCGCAUGCUCGCUCCCUAAUCUGGAAGCCAAAGCUCCUGACCUGCCAAUCAACACGGAUUUCUCUGGCAUGGGACCAGCAGGAGCGUACCACACCGGCAGCCCUGCACUCGACUCCCCUCAUUUUAACAGCUUUGACUUUGAAGUGGCAGAUUCUGAUUUUGAUGCUUUUGAUUGUGGUGGAUUUACUUUCUAAUGAUGUGCUGCACGGAGGCUAUGGAUACAUGAUGCUAAAAACUUACCAAGUUGCUUUGAAAUUCAGUCAGUACUUCAACUGAUAACCAGUAACUGAUUUUUUUUUGUGUAUUGACCCAGUGAAACAAGUGUGAGCACAACAUUGAUCACACCUUGUUGAUAGAGCAAACUUGUUAGCAAACAGUUGCUUAUUUACACUGUGAAAUCAGUUAGGUUUAUCUUAGAGUCAGCAGUUACAGAGCAACAUUUGCAUUCAUUUGGAGGCGUGUCUCUGUCUCCAGGCAGAGGCUGUGAUCACCAAUUUACCAUUGGGGAAGGAAAUAUUUUCAAUGUACGCCUUCUGUUGGGCCAGGAGGGAAUUUCUAGAAAGUUAAACUGACCAUUUUAAAGUAUUUUGAAACACAAAUGUUGGACAACAUGUUAAACGUAUUGCUUCGAGCUGCUACUACAACAAUGGUUAGCAUUAGCUACACAGCUACAAGGUGGCCAUAAGGAAUCAUGAUUAACUGUUAUCAUUGUAAACUGAUUGUGAUUAUGUCCUUGCUUUUCCACUUGGCAAUUAUAAGUCCAAUAUUCACUUUCUUUCAGCCCUGUUUUUGGUCUCUGUCUGUCUCUUUAGUUGCUAAAAUGCUCCACAAAGUUCACCAGCUUAUUGCUAACUGCGUCUGUCUGCUGUUUGGUGCUGAGCAGUAAGUGUACAGUUGGUUUUUAGAGCUUUUUUUUUUGCUUCAACACACAUUUCUGGUAUAUUACUUUGUGACAUCAACACAGUAUUUGUACUUGUGAUCCUGACGAAAGAUAAAAUAGUCGCUACCUUGAUGACGUUUCAGAGUUGUAAAACCCAGAGUAUCACAGCCCGUUGUGCAGUGUUUUAAUGUGUAAUAGGCCUUUGCAUUAAUCUGUUACUCUAUCUGUACUUCCUGGAGUGUAUUUUAUCUUUGUCUCAUUGGUAACUAACUCUGAUGAGGGUUAUAUUAUAUCAAAUUAUUAUAUUAUAUUCAACACUUGAGAUUUUUUUUUUUAAAUUCCAGGAAUAUUUUGUAACAUUUAAUUUACAUUUAUUUGUGACCAAAAGUAUAACUUGUAAAAACAUAAGUGAGACAAAGUAGAGAACCUGUGUUGUGAUAUUGACACUUUGAUAAUUAUUGCAAAAAUAGUUUUGUUCAUAUUGCCCUCCCCUUAUGUGCACUAUUUGGUGCGAUAAUUACAUAAUCAACAAUAUCUGUGAUUGUGAUGAUAAUUUGUGAGAAUGCAAAUAUGCUCUGUAUGUGUUUGUCACAAAUGAACCACGUGUUACUAUGCUCUGGAUACUAAUGGCAGAUUUGCAACAUGACACAUUGUGAACUGUUGCUGCAUAAUGUUGUAGGAGUAUUCUCUUAUUUUAAAACCUUUGAUGGCUUUGCAUCAGAUUUUUUUUUUCGCUACAGUUAAACUCUGAUUGUGGACAAGCUAACGUUGCCUACUAAGGCUCUUCUGAAUCUCAGCAUCAUCCACCUUUGUGCAUGUACUGUGUUUCUUUCUAAUGUCCAGUUGUUACAGUGUUUUAUAUCUUUGUUAGGUUAAAAGCAGAUUAAUGUUAUGUUUAUU